UGUAAAGUGAUUUAACGCAUACAGUUGUUUUCAAAAAUGGCUUCUGUGUACAUGAAAUUGUUCAUUUUGGUGGUGUUUUUGGUGGGAGUGAGUUUCUGUCAGAAUAAUACUACCACUAUUGCUGCUCCCACUCCGACAACAGCUACCACUGCUACUGGUACUUCUUCGUCGUCGUCAUCAUCAGCUACUAUCGCUACUUCUUCUCCAACUACCGCUACUCAAUCUAUGGCUCAGAACUUUGGCGCAUUCGUAACGGCUGUUCCAUGGGGUAUCGUACAAGCCUGUAAAUAUGGCGCCAAGACAUUUGAAAGCUUCUUAAGAGCAAUAAUCGCACAUAAACAGUUCUAAUAAAG